UGGAGCCUACACUGGUGACAUUAAUGGUAGCUCCACGAACGUGUGGUCUGUUGAACGCGCACGACAGAGGAAAGGAUAGCAGAAGGGAGAAGAGCGCAGGGACACAAUGGGUCUAGCGUUCCUUUCAGCCGGCUCAGGGCCUUAUCUCCUUUCAACACACUAGCCUGUGACUGCCACUAUAGGAAAGGAUUUACAAUGUGCAAGAGGAGGAAAUGCUGCAAAACUUCUCUCUUUCUUUCUUGCUUUUAGUCUGACACACACAAACAGAAAUAGUCAUUUCCAAAGCAGCACAAUGACCGAACUGAGUUCUUCUGUCUCAGUUUGUGCUCAACUACCCAGAAGAUGCUGCCAACAUAAUAGAAUCCAGAGCAAUGGUUGGAAGGGGGUGGAGGGUGGGGUUGUUUGUGGUGUGACAGGGAGAUAGAGAGUGAAAAGGCGGGGAAGACAAAGCUGUUUUUGUCAUUAAUGCCAUCAAAGGGACUUCCAGUCACAGUAUUAUGCCACAGAGAGUUCAUCGAGGCGAGUUCCCACCUUGCGUGAGUGUGUUUCAUUGUGCAGUUUAUCGGGCUGGCCACAUGGAGUGUCAGAGCUAACCCGGUGACCGCUCAACAAAAGGCCAAAUUAAGAGGAGUGAGAGGCUGUCGUACAGGGAGGCUGACAGGUUGACUGACGCUGUUCCCGAAGAGAAUAGCAUCCUGUCAAUCUCCGAGCUGUCACCUUGACAGGAAUCCUUUCUUUGGAUGCAACCCCCAUCGCCUACCUUUCUGUCACUCAGGGCCACACGGAGACACACAUAUCUCUUCCUUUCUCAGUAUUCUGCACAGAGAGCAAAUAAGUCACCAAUGGUGCGCACACACACUGCAACAUGCAUGUAUACAGAGCUGCUUUAGGGCCAAAACUCUGAAGUUUAGCGCUAGCUACCCAGUCUGUGGGAGAUUCACCCUUGUAAUGUCCCAUGCAUCAGUUUAUGUGUGUAAUCUUGCGGUGUAUUUCUCCUGCUUUUGUUUGUUUGAUCACAUUUGCAGCAACAGCUUGAUCAGAUAUUGUGGCUUGAAGAAAAAAAAGAACAUUGGCACCUGGUGCUGACGUUACCUGAAGUUAUUGCCUCUCAUCAGCCGUGGAGGGAACUGUUCCAGUCAGAGAGGAACGGGGCUUCCCCCCCUGCGCACUUGCUCACAUUAUUUAAUCAGCAGUGGAGGGCUUUUUCAGAAGUCUCCAUACGACGGCAGCAUUUGCGUUCAGUGCUGGCGAAGGCUGGUGAGACUGGAGUCAGGGCACAGCAGCUGUCUGUGUGUACUUUACAAGCUGGUUCUGUUUGUUCUGUCGACGCAGAAGGGGUCAGAAGGGUGUCAGCUUUGUCUUCUGUCCCCUUCCAUGGCUAUGUGUGUCUGUUGGAGGGAGAGAGGGCAGGUGGGUGGGGCAAAGGGACUAACAGACCAGUGUGGACAGGUGGAGGAUUCUCACUAUAGAGGAGGCAGAUGUACUGUACCUGCCUUUUUUGCUGUCGUUCUUUGUGUAUCUCUGUCUGCCUAUCCAGUGUAUUUGUUUAUCUAUUUAGGACAAUGCAUUCAUAUUACUUUACAUAUUUAUGGGUACUUAAUAUUAUUGUUUUCAGAUUUAAAAGAAACCUAAAAAUAAAACCGCGUUUUCUAAAUAAAUAAAUGAAAAAGUUUGGGAUUGCUGAUCCGGAGAGCAGAACAUCUUCUUGCGUCUGGAAACUUCCGAUGGACAUUUUUCACCGUUUAAACUGCUGAAAUUUUAUUGACGUGCUAAUGAAUUGAUUUAAAAAAAAAAAAAAGACAGAUUAGUCCAUUUAAAAUAAUUGUUAUUUCUUUGAAUUGUCAUUCGUCAUCCUCGGACAGAUGUUACAUCAAAUGAGAAGGAUUAAAGGUUGAAGCAGUCAUCAUUCAUGAAUCCAUUGCAAAGUGGGAAUACUAAUGUUGCCACGUGUGAUCGCAGUUGAAACAAGUAUAUGGGUGGGAAGAUAUGGUGCACAUUUAUAGAGCUCUUUUACAAGACGAAUCGUCCUGCUAUCCUUCUUUACAACAAUCCACUGACUUGACUAUUAAGGACAACACUUGAACAUAAAGGGAAACUGUCACUUUUACGAGACGCGUUGCGUUUAUUGGCGUAUGGUCACAUGCCGACGGACGCAUUCUUUUGCAUUCAUUCAGCUCUCAGAAAGCUUGUGGUUUCCCCCCUAAGUGUUAAAGUAAAUAUAGUCUGCCUUCCUUGUCGUCCCUUCGUCCUGAUAUGAGGAAACAGCGGCCCCCACGGGCAGACAGCGGGACGGUAAAAGAGUUGUAUUUCACUCAGUCUCAGAGCUUUUGGAUUCGAGCUGUUUAGCUUCUAAAAAAAAACUUCUAAAAAAAUAUAUAGGUAGGAAAGGAUAGGCUAUAUAUUACAAACCAUACAGCCAUAUAAUGUCAUUACGAUACAUCUUCAUCCAGCUUAUUAUUAUUAAUUUUUGCCUUCAUUUUAUUGGAGAACUGCAGAUGUGUUUUUUUUAGCAAGGUUUUACUGGUUAAAUCGCAUAUUUUUAAUAACUUUGGACAAAUGCGGGGUUUACAAUGUGCAAUGUUGGAUCUUUUUCAAUUUAGAAAGGAUUCCUGCACAAUAGCUGCCAGCUCUCGCCUAUGAUGGUACCCGAGAGAGAGAGGGAGAGAGAGAGAGAGGGAGGGAGAGAGAGAGGUUAGGAGCUCCAGAUGGUGUUUAAACGCAGACAGAAGGCUACAGCGAGGACAGAGAGAGAGAGGAGGAGGAGGAGAGAGCCGCGGUUACUGCGCACAGUGGCCCCGCCAGCUCCACUCAUCAGUGAAGAAGACAAAACAAGUCUGCAAAUCCCAAAUUGUGAAUCCAAAGGAAAAUAAACCGUCAGAUCUGCUCAGCCGAAUGUGAUUUUCUUUUUUGGAAGUGAAGCUUUUUUUUUUUUUUUUUUUUUUUUGCGUUCCUCUUUUUUUUUCUUUAAAGACCACAACACUGAAAGACAGCGCGUCGGAGAAGUGCCGUACUGAGAAGCGUGGUGGUGGAGCAGCCUGUCCACGGGCUGUAGGGUGACUGUGUGCUUAAACAUUUUUAAAAGAGACAGAAAAAGAAGAAGGUCACUUCGUUUCGUCGGAUGUACAAGGAGUCGCUCCUGACACCACGGACUGUGGCUUCACUGUGAAGUUAAAAAAGGAGGGUUUUAAAGUUGUAACAGGAGGAAUAAUAGACGCACCCUGCCGAACAGAGGAUCCGCAUCUUUAUAAUUUCGGGGGGGUUUUGCCUGGGAGAUGCGAUGAUUUCUGCAGUAGCGACAGGUUAAUAGUUUUGUUCGCUUUAAAAAAUAUAUAGAUAGAUAGAUAGAUAGAUAUAUUUGGGGUUUUUUGCAGGUGAAACUCGGCUGUGUUUUUCCUUCUUCGAUCUGGGAUGGUUAAAAUGAGCAAGAGUGCGGAUUUACAUGCCUGGGACAAGUUCUGAUUUUUGCUUUAAAAGAAAAAAACAAAAACAACAACUCAGACUGCAAAAACCAAAGACAUCAAUCUGCUUAAAGAUCCAAGAGCUCUGGCUUUGAUUUUAUUUAUACGUUUUUCGAUAUAACUGAGAAGUGAAAUACCUCAUAAUUUAUUAAACCUGGAAAGUCAAGACCCCCUACUGAACACCCAAAGGAAAGUUAAACCGUCUGUUUUUUCCUGCUAGACUCUCGCUCUUUCCUCUCAAUAUUUCAAAGACAGAAAAAUAAGGAAUAAGACCGCGACAAAGCUUUAUUAUUAUUAUUAUUGUUUUCAAAUGAUGAGGAUUGAGAUGACAUAUAAAAAUCGGUUUUAGAAACUAUUUGGUGUGGAUUAUCUCCGCUACUGUUACCUCAGCUUGACCUCGACCUUCAUAAAGUAGCAGAGUGCAGAAGGUUGGAACAAUGCCAGAUUCACCUGCGGAUGUGAAAACCCAGCCCAGGUCCACCCCACCCACCAUGCCUCCUCCACCCCCGGCUGUCAGCCAAUCAACCAAUCGCAAUGCUUCGUUCACCCCUACCACCAGUAAAUCAAAUCUGUCAGAUGCCCCUCAGGCCCCUCCGAAACUACUGACCCAGUUCACGCCGCCUCCUCCUCCUGUCUGUUUAUCUGCAGUGCUGAAUGGGAGCAGCCACUCUCCUACAUCGCUAAACGGUGCUCCAUCCACUCCUAACGGCUUCAGCAACGGGCCGGCCAUGUCCUCGACAGCCUCGUUGUCCAACCAGCAGCUCCCGCCGGCCUGCGGUGCCCGGCAGCUCUGCAAACUGAAGCGCUUCCUGACCACGCUGCAGCAAUUUGGCAACGACAUAUCGCCUGAGAUUGGAGAGAGAGUGCGCAGCCUCGUCCUGGGACUGGUGAAUUCCACUCUCACCAUUGAAGAAUUUCACUCUAAACUUCACGAGGCCACCAACUUCCCUCUGAGGCCGUUCGUCAUUCCUUUCUUAAAGGCAAACCUGCCCUUGCUGCAGAGAGAACUGCUUCACUGUGCCAGGUUGGCCAAGCAGACCCCAGCUCAGUAUCUGGCCCAACACGAGCAGCUACUCCUGGACGCAAACGCCAGCUCACCACUCGACUCCUCCGAGAUAAUGCUGGAGAUGAAUGAGCAUGGCAAGAGAAGGACCCCUGACAGGACCAAAGACAGCUCUGAGAGAGAUGGGUUGCACCCGGAGCACCUGGCUAAGAGGCCCUGCACCAUCAGCCCCAGCCAACGCUUCAGCCCCAGCACAGGUCUUCCUGCUCACCCUCCUCUCAAUGGACUCCCCACACACCCUCCCAAUGGCAUCCCCCACCCGCCAAACCCCCAAGUGGGACCCCAGCACUAUCGUUUAGAAGACAUGGCUCUGGCACACCAAUACAGAGAUGCUUACAGGCAUAACGAACACCGCGAAGCCCGUGACAGGCACCGGCAGACAGCAGUCCACGGAGCUCGCCAAGAGGAAGUGAUUGAUCACCGUCUUACAGAUCGAGAGUGGGCAGAGGAAUGGAAGCACCUCGAUAAUCUCCUCAACUGCAUCAUGGACAUGGUAGAGAAGACAAGGCGCUCUUUGACAGUGCUGCGCCGCUGCCAGGAGGCCGACCGGGAGGAGAUGAAUCACUGGAUCCGGCGCUACAGUGACGUGGAGGAGAUGAAAAAAGGUGGGAGCAACGGACAGCACUGCCUUCCUCCUCCUCCUCUUCCUCCUCCUCACCACAACUCCUCCUCCAACACAGCUAGCAGCAGCGAGUCACUGCCCGUAGGAACUUCCUCGGCUGCUGAAAGGCAGACAGGCAGACAGACAGAGAUCCAUCGAGACUUCUUACACAGGCCUCCCUCAGGAUACCUCCCGGAAGAAAUCUGGAGGAAAGCUGGUACUACAAGCAUCCCGCUCUCCCCAGCACUAAAGCACCUCCAAAACAAGCAGGAGGAGGCAGUGAAUGAGGUGAAGCGACAGGCGAUGUCAGAGCUGCAGAAAGCAGUGUCAGACGCUGAGAGGAAGGCUCAUGAGAUGAUUUCUGCCGAGCGCUCCAAAAUGGAGAGGGCACUGGCUGAAGCCAAGAGGCAAGCCUCUGAGGAUGCAUUAACAGUCAUCAACCAGCAGGAAGACUCCAGUGAAUCUCAACAGAGCUGCUGGAAUUGUGGGAGGAAAGCCAGCGAGACGUGCAGCGGCUGCAACACAGCUCGCUACUGUGGCUCCUUCUGCCAACACAAAGACUGGGAGAAGCACCACCACGUCUGUGGUCAAGGCCUUCAGGGGCUGCCAGGGGGCAGCAGUGUCCCUCUAGGAACCCCCUCCUCCAGCUCCUCCGCCUCCUCCAGCGCGCCCCCAACUCACUCCGAGCGCACUCCUCCAGGACCCCUGUCACUCGCAGCCCAGAGCAGUAUUGCGGGAGGGGCCGGCAGCGGCAGCGGAAGUGUUUCUGCCAGCCCCAAAGAGAGCAGUUCCAGCAGUGCCUCUCGCUCCACAACUCCAGCCACCCCCGCACUACUGGAUGCCACCUCUCGCUGACGUCUGAACUUCGUCCCUUCCCUGCAUACCGAAGUGACAGCGCUCACACUCCACACAAAACCAAACUGAGGAAUCUUCAUCGCAAACUGCUCCAGUCCCCUCCUUUACCUCUUAUUUCCCUCAUAUCCCGAUCUGUAACAUCUUCUCUUUAACCUGAUGAUGGACUUGUUUCCUCACCUUCCUCCAGAAUACUUUCUCUUUUACAGCCACAGAUACAAAGAUUGUGGUCUGGGGUUCAAUGUAGUGUAAAGCAUGACGAGUGCAGUGUCUCCUUUCUCUGUUGAAGAAACAUAUCAGAUGUGUUUGCUGAGAACAUGAGCUUUGACUUGAAGAUUUGCCCUCAGUAACGUAAGCAUGGUAAAUAAUGUCCACUAUAAGGGCUGUGAGGAGGCAGCAUCAAUGGGGGAUGACUAGGCCGAUUAGCACCUGGAUAGGAUUUCCCUUUAAUUUAGCACCAAUGAGAUGAGCCCUGAGAUGUGCACUAACAGUCCAAACAGUUCCCAGAUGUGGGACUUUUUCUAGUAUCCUAUUGGAGAAAGGCAAGGAGCAUAAUACCUUUUUUGUUAUUUUUGAGGGAAGGGGUAAAAGUUGGGAUGCGAUUAAUUCCUCAGAAACACAACUUAGUAUUUAUUAAAAGUUCUUUUCUGGCUUUAAGGGAAAACAAAGAGAAGUCCAAAUAUUCUAAAUAAAGAAUAAUAGCGAUGAUGCUGAUGUUGAUUAUGAUAACAGUAAUGAUAUGAAAAAAAUAACUUAAUUUUGAACUGCUAACUACCUUGCUAGCGAGCCAAGAAAAUCUACACCGGACUCACCUCUCUGCACCAUUAUGAACCCAAAUGAUUUCAAAGAUGAAAAAUAACAUGAUCCAAACCUUUGUAUUACACUGCCAAAGUGAGUAAGUAAGCGAUAAAGAGAAGCACUCAUCUUGUAACCAAACACAAAGCAACAUCACCUCCUCAGCAGAUAAGCCAGCCCUGAGACGACCGGGCUGCAGAGGAGCUGCAAAACGGGACCCAGAGACAGCAAACUGUGACCUGCUUUGAUGUGCAGCUGCCUCCUGCAGUCUGGGUAAAAGUACAGCGAUUCCUCAGAGACGGCCCAGACUAGUGAAUAUGGACAAUGCUCUGAACUUACCUACAAGAAAGACUUAAUGAAAUAGAUGGAAACCCUGCAACAGUGUGUUUUUGUUUAAAUGGUAGAGAGGACAAAGAGGAAGGAAAAAAGCUACACAGCCUCAAAGGAGACGAUGGUGUGUACAUGGCAAAGGAGCUGCCGAAACAGAAAAAAAAAACCUCAACACAAGCUUGAAAACAUUGUCCAAGAUGGCAUUACAAACUAUGGAGAUACGUGGAAGGAUUGUUUGUAAGUUUUUGUUGUUUUUUGUUUUGUUUUUAAUUUACGCUCCACAGCGAGGAGAUCUUUGAAGGAAUUACCUUUACAUUCACUCCCUCCUUUUCCAAAGCAUGAUAAACACAAGACAGAGCCUAAAAAAGGGCGGUGUAGACUUUGUUCUCCUUUCUCUUUCUACCUCCCCUCACCCCUCUCCUCCCUUCCAUGUUCUUCCCCAACUACUUGACUCACAUGUGCCCUACCCCUCUGCUGGCUUUAACAGAGAGCCACAAAGCAAGCCCCACGGGUAGGGCUGAACCCGCUUGUAGAUAUCGUUCCUCUCUUCAUUUUUCAAUAAUGUCUCUUGUUGCUGAUGUCCACACGUGCUGCCCUUGUGUAUAUCCGGAAAGACGGACUUUUGUUUUUGUUUUGCUACCUUUCACUUUCCUCCUUUGAGUUCGGGUUGAGCAGUGAAGACAGAGCAAGGACGCUUUUGUUUAUGAGAGGAAGGCCUGCAUUGUACUUAUUGUUUGAUUUGUUGAAUCUAUAUCAAUGAGAUGGAAAGCCCUCUUGUAGAAUAUUUUGUAUUGCUCGCAUUGUAAGACAGUGAGAGGACGGAGGUGCAAUAUGAAGAGAAUUCAGCUACUGAAUGGAACCUCAGCAACUGCCCAUAGGGUGUCAUAUAAUAUAGAUACAUAUAAAUAUAUUUAAAGUAACAUCAGUAACUUAAUGUGAAUGUACAUAGUAUUUAAAGAGGUCCAAAAAUGUGUUUGCCAAAUAACAGAAACCUUUAAAGUUUAAUGUCCAGAUUUUUUUUCACAGUACAUUUGUUUUUAAAAUUGAUCAAAUUUCUUUUCUCUCAUACAAGUUAAACACUUUUUCAAUUUUCACUCAAAUCAAAGUGUCAUGUGACUCCGAGUGGAGGAAACUGUUGGCAACAGUGGCAAAACAGCUCUGCAUCCUGCAGUAGGUGACUCAACAGUGUGUAUUAAUAGAAAGGCUCAGUGGUAACUCAAUUAGUUUGUUUUUUUUCUUCUCAUUUACACCAAUUUUUGGAAAUGUCAUACUUGACACAUCACGUCAAGCACUCAGUUUCUUACCAGCCGUUUAGCUCCAGCGCCCCCGUAGUGAUCCUCUCUCUCUUGGUCCCCAUCAGUCUGCGUGCAUGUGGUUAACAGUGUUUGUUUCUCCCAUGGUGCAGGAUUAAGCGAUACGCCAGUGUUAAGCUACAGUACAUGACAAAUCUAAUUUGAUACCCAAUCUUUAAAAUGUUGUUCUUUACUCCUCGCUGCUUAUUGUUCAUUUGUAAAGAAACAAUUUGAGUAUAAGCUGCUGACCUGGGGGUGGGGUGGGGUGGGGGGCAGGUCUUUAGUUUCAGGCCAAGAGAGUAGCACGACUUCUUUCGCGCUGUUUUUUCUUUUCCAGGCUUUCCCACACGCCUCAGCAAUAAGGUUAACACGAGAAUACUAAACAGUCAAAAAGCCUUGAAAAAAAUGUGUGUGCAUAUUUUAUAUUGAUUAUUGUAUAGCUUACAUGCUUGGCGUCCUUUGCUUGGACCAAAUGGGGAAAAAAGAGUAACUUUGUUUUUGCAGUUGAUUUUUUUUGACUAUCUGAGACCAUAUUUCAAAUGACAUAAGCUGCAAGGUACCCCUUCAUUCGUGUGUAGCAUUUAUGUAUGUGUGUUAGAAUUACCAUGUUAAGGCGCUGACCUCAGCCUAUUUUCUUUUUCUGUGACUUGUUCCUUUUACCCUGAUGUCGAAUUCCUCCACUACUACCACAAACCACUGCUCACAACCCUCCCUUCACACUAGCUACCUCCUGUGACCAUACAGCUAACCACCAGGAGAGGUUAACCUGGACUUUGAAAAGCUGGGUUGAGAGCAGACAUGGACACACACACACAUGCCCGCUCAAAAGUCGUCAUAAAAGGAAAUAGCGUUGUAGAGAACUGUCUUUACUCAUAAUGUUUAAAUCUAUUUCUUCCUCUCAGACCCUAGUGUCUCUCUUUUUCUUUUUCUUUUUUAAAACACAUCCCACUAAAAAGCUGAUACUGCUAGAAUUUAGUAACAGGCACACAUGCAGUCAGACCUCCGUAUUACCAAACCGAUCAGAGAAUUGACCAUGACAUGCCAUUUGUUGUCCAAAACCAAUAAAAGCACAGACCAAAGUACUCCUGUAUUGCCAUAGUAGGUUCUGAAAUGGUGUGAAUCAGCAGACCAGAAGUAAUAAAGGUUAGAGCUCAGCUACACCAGUUAACCAAAGUGUCUGAAAUACACACGCUCAGAGCCCAGGAGUGAAGACCGCCCUCAAUGAACCGGCUGAGUUUCAGAAGUGUAGAAUUAUUAUUCAAGCAAUCAAAGCGCUUGUUGUCUACAUACUGAAAAGUGCUUCUGUAAAAAUAAUAGAAGCCUCUCCUUUCAAACAGCCUACUGAUUGCGUGUUCUUACAGUCACAAAGCCUUGCAGAGAUAAAAAUGAAUGCAUGGUGUGUGUGCGUGUGUGUGCAUAUGGUUGUGUGUGUGUGUUUUUGUAAGUCUUUUUUUCUUUAUGUCUCUGUACAAACUACUUGAAACCUUCAGAGCUUUAAUGAAACAUCCCAGGCCGUGUACAGUGGCACAUUGAUUCACAGUAUGUAGCAGCAGCUUUUUGCAGUACAGUGACACGUUUUUCUAUAACAUCCACGCAACAUUGUGGCGGCAGUUCCGUUCAUCUUUCGAGCGUGCUGCUUGUGUGUGUGCCUCCAUGUCUGUGAGUAAGCCCUCAGAUAAACGAAACAAAGCCAAACCCAACAGACCAUUAUAAAUGACCAAAACACAACCAAAAGCUACAACCAUCUCAGUUCAAUUUCGCUUUGGUUCUAAUUUUUGUGUUAUGUCCCAGCAGUAGAGAACGUCAGCUGUGAUUGAUUGCGUGAGAUAUGAGACUGCAGUUCGAAUCUGCACAGGAAAGAGCAAAAUUGUCCUUCACUCCUCCUGGGUUCAGUGGACAGUAGGAUACAGAAGAUCAGCUGGGGUAAUGAAACAAAUGCAAUUAGUGCAUUAGUGCUGUGGUGUCAUUUACUUUUCUCUGUGAAGAUAUUAUAUAUGGCAAACACAUAAGGGCUCUGCUGUUGUGAAUACCAUCCAAGGGUCUCCAAACACUUUGCAUUGGCCAUGUGUCUUAUUUGUUUAACUAUGUACAUGAUAUGGGCAAAACACAUGUUUAGAGAAGACAGAUAUUAGCAGGUUGGUGUUUGUUCCUCCCAACUCCAACCAGAGAAGCUUCAAAGCUCAUCAGAUGUGACGCUGACUUGUCCUUCCUGUGAAACAGGCUCCAAUAUAUAGCUACAGUAGAAAGCUAAGGUGGCAAACAGUGGAUACAGAACUUGUUUUCCCAAAAGCCAUGGCUCAGGAUGGUCUUGUUUUUAUCUUUACAUAAACUGAAUAAAGGUUUAUGGUUUUUUAUGUGUAGGGAAGCAUUCUAUACUGUAAUGUGCAAUACAUUAUUACAGAAAAACAUGUUUCUGUAGGAAAGGAUGGCGCUUUGAAGAUCUUUUCCCUUUUGUUUAAUUUCCCUCUUCAAACGGUCCUGUUGCCAUUUUUAGAUGAAGUAAACUGUGCCAGAAGAAUUCAAUUCUUAUUUGUAUUUAUUUCUUGCAUGCUUUCCUCCCUGUUGCUAAUACCGCUCUUUAACUGUUCGCUCUGUUGGAUGUGUGAAGCUGUAAAACAUUCUAAUUCAGGUUAUUGUCUGUGUUGAACAAUGUAACUGUGUAAUUAAAACAUGAAAUGAAGUAUUCA